AUUUUGAGCCUCCGCGCUUCCCGUCGUUCCCACAACAAACUUCAAAGUGAUUCUACUGACAAGUUGAGUCGCGAGCGUUUCGUAGAUGUCAAAAGCGGAGCGCCAUUCUCACCUAAGCUACUGCAGGAUGUCACGUCUAACUAAAGACGGUGUGCAAAGUUUUGUAAAUACGCUCUUGGUGUGACAAGCUGCAUUUCGAUAAAAAAUUAAAAUAAAACAUCUCGUGAGUGCUUGCAAGCGUGAGUGAGGGCGUGCGUGCGUGUGUCAGUUACUUUCGCUUGUGAAGUCCGUUUAAAUAACUACUGGAUGCCAUUGAGGUGCCGCAGUCACUCCGUCUAAAAUGGAGUAAAUCAUGCUGAUGGAGGAACAGAACAGCUCUGGAGAAGAGGAGGGCUCUAGAGAGAAAGGUGUGCUCUACAGAUGGCAGGGCUAUUCCUGCAGGGUGACCCCGGAGAGACUACUGCUGGCCAGGCCAGUGCUUCAUGCUGCACUGGGGACUUCACAUGGACUUCUGCUGACAGAUGGGCAUGUGUAUAGUUUUGGCGAGCAGCCGUGGAAACGAGUCGAAUCUCUGCCUGCUGGCCCUGUUAUAGAAAGCGUCCUGAGCGGUCAGCGUGUGAUCUCUGUGUCAGCAGGCAGCUAUCACUGUUCUGCUCUAACAGAGGAUGGCCUCAUCCACAUGUGGGGGGAGAACUCUCAUGGCCAGUGUGGGGUCUCUGGAAUGGACCAGGUGUCCAGUCCCACUCCCGUUAGUGUGGUGGAUGGCGAGACCCAUCCUCCGCAACUGGUCCGAGUCCUGAAUGUGGCGUGUGGAGCGCAGCACACUCUGGCCUUGUCAAGGAAGCAUGAGGUGUGGGCCUGGGGUAGUGGCUGCCAGCUGGGACUAGUCACCAGCGUAUUCCCGGUAUGGAAACCCCAGAAAGUGGAGCAUCUUGUGGGAAGAUAUGUGGAUCAGAUCGCUUGUGGUGGGUUUCACAGCCUGGCUCUGGUUCAGAUUCUUGCUCCCCCAGAGGACAGUCAGCAAGCUCGGGAUAGAUGUGGGCAGUGUAAGCAGAGCCUUUUCACCAUGACUGACAAGGAUGACCAUGUUAUUAUCUCUGAUGAGCAUUACUGCCCACUUGGAGUGGAACUGAAUGAUUCUAAAGAAGGCCGACGGUCAGGACAGAGUUCUCCAGCUCAGACACCACAAAGCAAAAACUCCUCACCCCACUUCGAAGUAUCCCCGUUGUCCUCGAAGAACAUCUGCGAAGGUUCUUCAGUCGGAUCUCAGAAAAAUACAAGAAGCCAGGAAGCUCAGCCAGACCCUUCUUUAACUGAGACUGGACAUGCAAGUCAUCGACAAACCAAAAGCACUCCCUACCCUGAUGAGCAAGCUCUGCAAGACUACCUCAAAAGAAUUUCAGACCAGACCUUCGCUGAGCAGGCCGAGGCCCCCUCUUUGGGAGGUUCCCAUCCUCCGAGCCAUCAGUCGUCACUUACAUGUCCUUUCCGAUCAGACCAAAGCGAUGAGCUUACACUACGUCCCUCUUCACCAGCACUGAGUGGAACUGAUAGUAUCACAGCUUCUAGCAGACAACGCUGUGCAUCAAAUACUACCACAGACCGGAAACACAGCACUUCUGACGAUUCUUCACAGCACUCAAGUGUGGAUGGAGGCAUUUGCAUCAGUGACCUUGUGAUUAGCAAUGGAUGUUUAUUUGAGUCCUGUGAGGACGGAGUGGGGCCCACUGGAAUGGACUUCUGUCCAGGAGAUCCUCUUCAAGGCAAGAAGAGCACCAGUCUGACAGACAUCACUUUAGAGGACACUGAAGCACAUAAUCGCAGAGGGUCUUUACCUGGCUUCUCUCCAGCUGGAUUUAGCUGGCCAUCCACAUUGUUGAGCCAUGUGUCACCGUCUGGCAGUCAUCGAAUCAACCAUUUAAGAGCUGCAGUGGGUGCCGUGACUACUACUUCUACCUCAGAAUCCAGAAAUCUCCUUCCUUCCCUCUACACUGAGGUGUGGAGUUGGGGGAGGGGCCAGGAAGGUCAGCUAGGUCAUGGAGACUAUUUGCCCAGGUUACAGCCUCUCUGCAUCAAGAGCUUAAGUAAAAAGGAAGUUGUCAAGAUCACUGCUGGAGCAAAUCACUCCUUGGCACUGACGGCUCAAUGUCAGGUUUAUUCCUGGGGAAGUGACAAAUUUGGACAGCUGGGUCGUAUGAAUGCUCCCAGCACAGUUCCCAAUCUCACCAUGAUUUCUGAGGGUAUCCGUGUGUGGGACGUGGCAGCAGGACAAACGCACACUUUGCUGCUGGCUGAUGGAGACUGUUAUCAGCCCAUACUGUACUACAGCGGAGAGCAGGUGCUGGAGAGCACUGACAAUGAUAAUCCCCUCUCCAGGACCUACACCCAGACGCCCACCCUUCUGCCCUUCUGCAUGAAUAUCGGCUAUGUGAGCAAAGUGUUUGGGGGAGGACUGAAUUGUUUGGCCUUGGCUGAUCAGAACGCGAUGGGUUUCAUAGCUACAAUCCAUGAACUCGCUUCGGCAGAGAGGAAAUUCUACUGCACCCUCAGUAAGGUGAAGAGCGGAAUCCUGAGCCCCCUGCUAGCUCGCACGAGUUUGGCCUUGUCUCUGGGUCCGUCCUCCAUGUUGCUGUUUCAAGAGAUGGCUGGUAGUUUCAGCAAGCUUUGCCAUCUGAUGGGACAGCACUCAGUAUCCCUCACCAACUUCCUGCAGCGAGGCAAAGUGAUCAAAACACUGGUCUUGAUCAAGAACACAGACAUUUUCAUGGACACAUAUAAAGAGUACUGCGAUCCAGUGGGAAACUUUCUUGUUAUGGGAGGAUUCCAGUCAUUGCUGAAGCCCUCACAAGAAUGCUUUGGGAAGAAACUGGAGCUGAUACAGACUCUGCUAGAGUCCAAGGAGAAGAACACAUUGCCCUAUGAUCUGUUAGUCAACUUGUUUUAUAUGCCUUUGCAGCACCUGCAUGGGUAUAACAGAUUACUUCUGAAACUAGCCCACUGCUUUGAAGUGAGCACUGAGGAAUAUGAAUGGAUUCAGAAUGGCUGCUCCAAAUAUGAAGAUUUAGCUCGCCUUGUUAGCAAGCAGAGAAGAGAUGCUGAGGCCACUUUCAGUUUCUGGAAGAACUUCAAAGGAAAGAAUUCGGAUUCCCUGCGUAAGCCGUCUCGUCGUCUGGUUUGUGAAAGCAAUAAUAAAGCUCUAGCAUUACAGAACGCUGGAAGAUUCUCUGCCAGCUGGUUCAUCCUCUUCAAUGAUGUGCUGGCUCAUGCUCAGGGCACUAUUCCCUCAAAGAAGCUUUUCUCAUCUCAUUAUGUCUAUCCACUUGCUACACUGUGGGUGGAGCCCAUCUCAGAUAAAAAUGUGGGCCAACAUGGCCUUAAACUGACCACACCUGAAGAUAGCUUUGUUGUUCUGGCAACGUCCCCUUUGGAAAAGGGGAAGUGGCUGAGAGCCAUUAACCAGGCCAUUGAAGGCGUGCUUGCUGUAGGCCUGAAUGGGAGGAUACGUGUGUCUAGAAGCAGCCAGAAAGGUGAACCUCCUGUGUCACGUACUUCCACCUACACUUUCAGCAAAGAGGGUCGACUCAAAGAUGCCACGUACGAGGGCCGCUGGCUGUCAGGCAAACUUCACGGCAAAGGGACCCUGAAGUGGCCAGAUGGGACAGUUUACUGUGGGACAUUCAAGAACGGGUUGGAGGAUGGAUUUGGAGAUUUUAUGAUGCCCAACACGACCUUCAACAAGUUUGAGCGUUACCAAGGUCACUGGAAGGAGGGGAAAAUACAUGGCUUUGGCAAAUUUUGGUAUGCUUCAGGUGAGGUAUACGAGGGCUCAUUCAGGGACAACAUGCGUCAUGGUCACGGUAUGUUACGGAGUGGAAAGUUGGCCUCUCCUUCCUCCAGUAGUGUGUUUGUGGGCCAGUGGGUUCAAGGGAAGAGAACAGGCUAUGGGGUGUGCGAUGACUUCAGCAGAGGAGAGAAAUACAUUGGAAUGUGGCUUGAUGAUCAGCGUCAUGGAGAUGGAGUCGUAAUCACUCAGUUUGGAUUGUAUUAUGAAGGAAACUUCUGUAAUAACAAGAUGAUGGGCAAUGGGACUCUUCUCUGUGAUGAUGACACUGUCUUUGAGGGCGAGUUUUCAGAAGACUGGACUCUGUGUGGAAAGGGCGUUCUGUUCAUGCCUAAUGGUGACUCUUUGGAUGGGGUCUUUGACGGUCACUGGGGAGCUGGUCUGAGAGUGGCUGGAACAUUUACAAAACCCUUUGAAGCUUUGAGGAGAGAAAGAAAGAUUCCUGUGGCUGGUCAACACGCAGUGCCUGCAGAAGAAAAGUGGAAGGCAGUGUUUGAUGAGUGCUGGAGCCGAUUAGGCUGUGAAACCCCUGGUGAAGGAGUGCAUGAGAAAGCCUGGGAGAACAUCGCCAUCGCCCUCACUGCCAGACGCAGGCAACCGAGAGAUCGUCCAAAGGAGCCGAGCCGAUCUCAGACUAAGAUGCUGGAGAGUCUUGAGGUGAUUCCUCAUCAUGUGGGCCCUGUUACUGCAGACUCCUACAACAACAUCCGGCGGUAUCUCAUGAAGGCUUGUGAUACCCCACUUCACCCACUGGGCUGGCUGCUGGAGACCCUUGUGACUGUGUACAGGAUGACCUAUGUUGGUGUGGGUUCCAAUAGACGCCUCCUACAGCAGGCAGUGGAGGAGAUCCAGUCGUACCUAACACACAUAUUUCAAAUAGUCAGGUUUCUGUUUCCUGGUCUCCCUGAGGACGGAGGUUUUAUUCUGGAUUCCUCCAGUUCCUCAGAUGAGGGCACAGACCCUCUUAACAGUAGUACACACUUAGAAACUCCGCAGCAGGGGUAAGACAGCAUCAGUAUGACCGAACUACUGUUUUGUUAUUUCAGAUUUUUGCUGCAUUACAUUAAGUUGCAUUUACUUAUAUUGAUCUG